UGGUACUGGGUCCGUUGCCUGGCAAGUGUAAACUCACUGAUUCAUUAAAAAAACACAAAGUGAAGCCGCGGAUCCAAAUUUCAACGAAUUCUAGCUGAAUUGUGCGAUUCUAAAGCAUAUAAACAAUUGCUUAUACGGGGAAUAUUGAUAACAUCAAAGAGGGGGAAAGAAAUCUACGUUUUGGUAAAUAUACACGAGAGGAUACCUCAUUAUUUUGCCGCCAUUUUGAACGGUUCUAUGCCUUCUUGGUGAAACUGUCGAACAUGAAAAAGCACAAACAGCUCGUGGCUUCGUGUGUAAAGCUUUUGGAUUCUUUCAACCCUGUUAUUCAUGGAGCUCAAGAAUUUGUUGACGAAUAUUUAUCAUCCCACAAGAAUUUGGAAGAGGGUGAUCAAGUUUUUAUCACUGAAGUAUUUUCUGGAUGUGUGCAACACACAAGCAUUUUAAAGGUUGUGGUAGAUGCUUAUUAUGCUGAUGUUGGCAGGACUUGUUUGCGGGCUGAUAAAAACCUUUAUGUUGUACUGGCUUAUUUGGCACUUUAUAGAUUAGAUGAACUUGGAGUGGCUCAAUUUAGAAAGUUUAUACUUUCACAAGAAUCAAAUAAAAUGUAUAGGUAUUUAUCAUUUAUUUUUAAUAAAGACAACAUACAAGGCUGGAUGAAAGCAGAGUGGUGCAAGCAUUAUGAGCAUAGCUAUGUCCAGACCAAUCUCAUAUCUCCCCUAAUAAGGUGGCUUCCAGAGCUACAAGAACUUGUACAAAAGUUAGAAGACAAAAUGGCCAACAGACAGAAAGAAAGACCAUCCAAGCCAGCGACAGAACCUGAGCCAUUCAAUUUGACAAAACCUCAGCCGCGGAUGAUUCCCAUGCCUGAAGUGAUUCCUACACUUCACCGACACAAUCCUGUUCCUGAGACGACCUACAAACCACCAGUGGAACAAGAUGUUAUAACAAAAAUAAGAGAAGAAAAUCGGAAAAAGGCUGAGGAUGAGUUGAUGAGGUCAUCUGUUAGACAGUUCAAUUGUGCAAGUGCAGAGAAAUCUGCCAAAACCAGACGAAGAAUGCAGAAAAUUGAGCAAGAAGAGAGCUCAAAGCUGCAGUUCAACAAACCCAAAGCAUCUGAGAUGCCACCAAUUCUGGGUGGAAAUAUCCCAAUCAGGCUCAACGCUGCAGCGAUUAUGAGGGAAGGGAUACUCUUUGAGAAGAAAGAAGAGGAAGAGCUAAAAAAGCUUGAAGAAUAUGAGAAAGGUGGACGUGAUCCAUCAGAAUUUCUUAAAUGGCAGGAAACAAUGAGAAAGAAUGACAUGGAAAGAGAAUUGGCAGAAAUUGAGAAGAGGCGCUUGGAAGGCAAGCUAAGUUAUGAAGAUGCCAUCCUUGCACGGCAGAAUCUCAUCAAAGACAAUAAGCAAAAAGUAUCUGAAAUUAAGAAACAGACCCAGGAGAUGAUGAACCGCUAUCUCCAGCAGAAGCUUGAGAAUGAGCAUGAGAUGAGGAAACUAGUUGAAAACACAAUGGAAGGCCACCAGAAUACGAAAGAAGCACGGAAAAAGCUCCAAGACUAUAAACAUAAAAUCGUAAAAGAAAUUGCAAAGGAAAAUCAAGAAAUGAUGAAAAAAGCUUUGGAACAGGCUGAGGAGGAAAUGCGCCAAAAAGCAACAUUGAUAGCCAAGAUUCGUGCAAUCGAAAGUGUUCCAGUCAUCAGAUUCAAGUAUGUGGACCUCACUGAGACUUCUGGAGCGGGCCUACUCGGAGAGAUGUCUGUCGCUGAGUUAAGGGAACGGUUGGCGCUGUUAAAAACAGCGGAGGAGGAGGAAAAGGAGAAGAAACGAGACUCCAUAUUACAGUCUAAAGUGGAGAAAGACCAGUUGCUGAUGGACACAUUAGAAACAAUUGCCAAACAUCGAGCAGACAAGAGUCGUCAGGCUGCUGUCAGAGCCGAACAAAAGAAAGCCUCUGAGAAAAAGCUUCCGAAGGAUCCGAAACUUUUAGAGCUCCAAGAAAAGCUGAAGGCCAAGAAAGAAGAACGAAGAAUUGAAACGCAACGGCUAGCCGUCUCACCAAAGAAAGAAACGACACGAAGACAAAAGGCGCUGGAAGCACAAAAGAGUAAAAUCGAGGAGUUGCGAUGGCGCGAACUGGAAGGAACUCGCGAGAAAGCUGCUAAACUAAGAAGCGAGGGGCUCAAUAGUAGAACGUCAGGGGGAGUGCGUCCCGUCACGUCUUUACGACCUCCAAGAACGACGACGAAACUUUUAUCCUAGAUGGAGGACCUAUUCCAUCCAAGAACGACGACGAAACUUUUAUUCUAGAUGGAGGACCUAUGACAUCCAAAGAAUUACACUUAGCACUUAUACUUAGUUUUAUUUGUAAAUACAGUAAAAGAGUUUUUAUUAUA